GUACAACUAUUGUAUUCUAUCUCUGUGUUGAAAAAUGAAUGAGAUAUGGUUAGUUAAAAAUAAACGAGAGGAUGCCUUGAAACCAAAUAAAAAUGAAAAAAAUGAAUCCCUCAUAUCAAUUUCUCCCUCGUGUUCAUAUCCCCUUGUCUCCCGAAGCAGUCUUCAAAAAAUAAUCCUUAACUUUUUCAGUAGAUUUAUUCCCUAAAUCCAACUCCAUCUCCAAAUCCAGACCAGGCCUACUCUAUCAGACAAUCACCCUCAUAAUUAGUGGAGGAGCUCGAAGCUACUUUGUUAUUCGUCACUUCUUCAUCGAUUUCUCAGUUCCCAUUGUCGUUGCAACAGUCAAGGUGAGUGAUGACACACUAUUUAGAGUGUUUAUCACUCCCAUAGUUUAUAUAAUUUUACCCUUCUAUCAAUGCAUCAUAACUAUUUGAUCAAUGGACAUUUAAUAGACCUAGGAUGUGUUUUUGUACUAUUUGAUGUCUUCUUGAUAUGUUAUAUAUAUAUAUAUAUAUAUAUAUAUAUUAUGGGUCAGACUGGCGUACGUCAGACGUACACUAUAUGUCAGGUACUACUAAUGAGAUAUCUCUAUCUAGACCAUGAAUUAAAUCGAGUUUGAGGUAUGAUACUAUACCCUAACCUCUAAUGGAUAAACCCCAGGCACCCAUUUUCUAAACCCUAACCCAAAGUUUGAUUAAAUGAAAAACAAAAAUUGACCGUUGAGAUCGGCCGGAGCUUAUCUAACUACAUCUAACGGCUAGAUCACCUGACGUAUACUAUACGCCUGACGUACACCAGUAUUCACCAUAUAUAUAUAUAUAUAUAUAUAUAUAUAUAUAUGGUGCCUUCUACGGUACCCCGGGUGAAAUCCGGGGUACCACAUACCUUGAGUAUGAAAACGCUAUUUAGACCUCGAAUUAGCAGGAUUUUUGGCCAUGAUACUAUACCCUAACCCUUAAUGAGUGAACCCUUGGUCCUCAUUCUCUAAAUCAUAACUAUAAACCCUAAUAUGGUGCAUUGAUUUUUUUGCUUAUAUUUGGACGAAUCAUAACCGUCGAUUAUUGUUUCUAAUUUAAUAGACCCAGGGUAAAAUCCGGGGUACCGCAUAUCUUGAGUAAGAAAACGCUAUCCAAAACUUGAAUUGAUUGAUGUUCCGGACAUGAUACUAUACUCUUACCCUUAAAGAUCAAAAUCUAGGUCUUAAUUCUCUAAAUCUUAUACCCCCAAGAUCAAUUUAAUUAGAAACAAUGAUUCGAUGGUUAUGAUUCGUCCAAAUAUAAGCAAAAGAAAAAACAAUGCACCAUCUUAUGGUCUAUAGUUUAUGAUUUAGAUAACUAGGACCUAGGGUUCACUCAUUAAGUGUUAGGGUAUAGUAUCAUGCCCAAAAAUCCUACAAAUUCGAGGUCUAGAUUGUGUUUUCAUACUCAAGGUAUGCGGUACCUCGAAUUUCACCCAGGGUAUCGUAGAAGGCACCAUAUAUGUAUAUAUAUAUAUUUUAAUGGUUUUCAAGGUACAACACAACCUAUGAGAAUUUGGAUCAAGCAUUGGACAAAUCUGGCGAACCAAAUGAGCUAUGGAGAGAAGAAUAUGGAGCUUUCAUGAUAAAGACAAGGUCUAGGGACAAAAAUCCUACUAGUAACCAUGAGUAGAGGAAAAGAGAAGAACAAUGAAGAAAGACCCAGCCUAAGUAGAAGCAAGAACCAACAACGGCCCAACAUGAGCAUAUUAUUUUGAGUAGCUAUCAUCAAAAGAUCUCGUGAAAUAAUAUUUUCGGCCUAAGGCUUCAAGGUUCAUUACAAGCAGCAUCGACCAUACAAGAGAGGUGAAAAUCAAACACUUUUAAGACAUUAUAGGAAGUUGCACAAGCAUUCUUGGAUGAGUAUUUUUUACCAUGGAAGACAAAGGAGCUCAAGGAAGGGAUCUCAAGGAUACUUCAAAGAAUAGCAUAGGCAUUUCACGAUACAUAGAGCAUAUUGAACCUACUACUACAUGAGUGCCCACAUCAUUGAUUCAAGGAGUAACAACGUGCAACUUUCUUCUUCAAAAGACUUGAUGAACAAACAUCCAAAGAGGUCAACAUGAUGGCGGGAGGAAGCAUCUCUCUACUCAUUGUAGGAAAGACAAUGGAGACUGAUCAAGGACCAUGGUUGCUGACAUAGCCAGCUAGCUCUACAUUAAUGAAUUACUAAUGGAUUAUAAUACCAAGACUUAGAGCCCCAAGAUCCAUCAUCAAUGAUAGAGGAUGCCACUUCCAGAGUCAAUUCGAGAAAUCAUGUGCACAUUUGGGGAUCACAUACAUGAAUUCUACUUCUUAUCAUCCUCAUGCAUAUGAUAAUUAAAGAAUAUACAAAGAAAUGUCAAAAGAUUCCAUGACGCCAAGAUACUUAGAAAUGACUUGUGACAUAGAGAUCAAAUUUGUUGUUCAAUUCAAGAUUACGAUUACACCAUGGGAAGCUCAGAUCUAGAUAGACAAGUUCAUAUACUAUAUAUAGUGAACUCAAUAUGGAGUUGUGCAUCUUUAUGACCACCAAGGCACCAUCUUCAACAUAAAUGGUCACCGUUUAAAAUCCUAAUUCCCGCAGCACACAAUCACGUUAGUGGAGGAUAUUUCACUUGUCAACUCUAACUAAAAUAAUGGAGUAUGCCUACCUAAAAGGCACAAAAGAAAGAGCACUAUUGGGAGGUAACCCACGAAUUUUUUUGUUCAAAAUUUAUUUAUUUAUAUAAUUUAUUUGUUAGAAACUAGUUUCAAAAAUUGAUUUUCCUAUGUUCCUAGGCCUAAUAUGAAGUUCCAGGACGAAGCCCAAAGACAGAAGGAGGGAGGUGAUCCAUCAGCGGACUAGUGGCGGCCUUACCCCCGCACGAUUUCCUCAACCCAUAACACUCCUUUUCCAUCUCCAACCCAACCAUAGUUUCCAAUGAGCGUCGGCCGAAGACUUGCACCAACCAACGCUAAAAAAUCUAUUCCUUCUCAAACAUGGACUCAAAAGAGUCUGUUUCCGCAAGAAAAUGAGAGGUGGUUCCACCCAUUAUUGGGCCACCACUCCCUUAUAAGAUAGAGGGACAUCCCUCUAUUUGAUUCUUCACACCGUCACACGAAGCUACAGACAAGAUACGAUUCAAGGAGACCAAGACCCAUUCAUAGAUGAUGGUGGAGGCCAAGGAAGGAGUCUCCAAAAAAGGAGUUUCCAACAAGGAGUGAAGAGGAAGCUACCCAUGCUCGAGGAGGAGAAGGAGACGCGCAAGAAGGCUGCCACAAUGUUUCCUCGAUGGUUGAAGGUAGCAUCAAUGGUACAAAGGGAGGAAAACAUUAAUGAUGUCUCACUAGCAAGGAAGCUCGAGGUUUCGAAGCAUCCAUCAAAGAGCAGCUAUGAUGCCCUACUAGAAGCAAUCGUGAUUGUGAUGCCUUCCCGAAGUUGCACCCACUCCUCGUCUUCAACAGGCCGUGGUAAUCAUUGGAGGAAGAGUGUAGCACUGAUGAACAAGCAAACCCUAGCUCAAGGAGAACUCCACUGGACCAGCCUGCUGAAGUAUGAUGGUUAGGGAAGUCUUCAUCUAGAGAGGUUCAAUGCAGUCGACCUAGAGACCCUACUAAGCAUCAAGGGUAGAUGCAACGAGGUUCUGAUCAAGGAGUUACUAGCUUCCUUCACCAAUCACCAUCCAUAUACUUAAUUACUUAUCAAUUCACAAUGUUUAUGUAUGAAUUAUGACAAUUUAGGAGUUUAACAUUUAGUGACUUAGACAUUGUCUAUAGUAAACCUUAUAGUUUUAUAAGAGCAUAUGACUAAUUGGAUAUAAUAGAUUUGAGAACAUAUCUUGAGUUAAGAGUUUAACAUUUAGUAGCUAAGACAUUGUCUAUAGGCAAACCUAUCAUGAGCCAUCUUAUCAUAAUAAACCAAUCGCUUAUGUUAUAGUACAUAUAACCUAACAUCCAUUAUAUGAAAUAAUUUAGGAACUUCUCAUGAUAAACAACGUACUUACUACUUAUCUAAGUAUAUUAACUAAUUAGUUUGACUAUUUUUAGGGUAUGGAGUUAUACAAUUUGAUGGUAUAUAUAUGCUUCAUGAGUACACCAGUCUCACCCAUAUGGUAUAUAUAUAUGGUAAUCACUGGUGACUGGUAUACCAUAUAUAUAUAUAUAUAUAUAUAGCAAAGGCUAGCGUACACCUGUAUUCCCACAUAUUAUUUGUUCAUGGUAAUUCCGACGAAUCCCAAUUGUUGGUUUUCAUUUUAAGAUUAAAUGAAUCUCAUGAUUUGGGUUAGAAAAUUGGGGGCUCGGGUUCACCCAUUAGAGGCUAGGGUAUAGUAUCGUGCACCAAAAUUAAAUUUGGUUAAUUCAUGGUCUAAAUAACAAAACUCGAUUGGCGUACGAUAACGUAAGCAUACGCCUAGCUUGAACCAUACAUUUAAUUGAUAAUAGUAUUUUUAUGUUUGAAUCUAAUACGGUAUACAUAUUUGUGCAAACUUCAAUUUCGUAUAAGUUGAUUUUCUUAUGAGGGAGCAUACUAGUAAAUGGUAUCAUAUAUAUUAUUGAAUCUCUUCUAGGGAUGGCAAUUUCGACCUGACCCGUUUUAUCCGACCUGUUUGGUUUGUUUUGGGACGGGGCGGGCAUGGGUACUCUCAUCGACCCGACCUGUCUUGACCCGCCCCAUUCUCGACCCUUUCUAGCCUAAAUUACUUGUAAUCUUGAUCAAAUUACUUAGGAUUUUCCUUUUAUUACAUCAUAUUUUAGCUAUAAUAAAGUUAUAAAUUAGUGAAAACCUCAAUUUUUCCAAUAAUUUAACUACAUUUAUCAUAAUAUUGUUUGUUUUCUUGGUCUUAUAAUAAAAAUAACGAAUAUUUCUCAUGUUUUUUUUUAUAUAAAUUGCAUAUUCAUUGGGUCGACCUGCCGAGACCUGCGGCCUGUAAUAAAUUACCUGAACUGGAUCCGACCUCCCACAGGGCGGGUAUGGGUACCAACAAACCCGCCCCGGACGGACCUGCCCCAUUGCCAUUCCUAAGUCUCUUCCAACAACUCGAUUUGUUGAUACUAAAUAUUUUUUUUACAAAGACAUUAUUCGAAAGCUAAAUCUUGAAUUAUUGAUUGGUGUAGGAUUUAUUAUUAAACCUCUAUCAACGACUCGAUUUAUUGAUACUAACAAUUCUUUAAAAAGAACACCAUUUGAAACAGUACGAGUGUACGACUAACUAAAUCAAUAAUAGUUUGGUACGCAGAAUGAUAUUUUUGAUAUUUUUUACUACUAAUGCAUUUUAAUUUACCAAAAUUUUUUAAUUUAAGAUUAUAUUAACAAAAACUUUUUUAUCAU